CGCGGGGCGCGGGGUGCGGGGCGCGCCCAGGUCUCCCAGCGUCCGCGGCUCUCCAGGUGGGGACGCCCCCUCCCACGCGGCGCGGUUCGGUGGGGCGGGAAGGAGGGGCUGGGCUCCGAGCGCCGCCCCUCCAUCUAUCACAUGGCCGGAGAGCCACAAAAACAACAGCUUUGGCCGAGACCGUGACUUCGGGGAGGGAGCCCGGGGCCCUCGCAGCCAGCCCCCACCCCAUGGAGGAGAGUUUCCUUGAAUCCUUUGGGAGGCUGAGCCUCCAGCAGCAGCAGCAGCAGCAGCCUCGGCCGCCAGCCCCGCCGCCCCCGCGUGGGACACCUCCGCGCCGCCACAGCUUCAGGAAACACCUCUACCUCCUGCGAGGCCUCCCGGGCUCGGGGAAAACUACGCUGGCCAGACAAUUGCAACACGACUUUCCCAGGGCCCUGAUUUUCAGCACGGAUGAUUUUUUCUUCAGGGAAGACGGUGCCUAUGAGUUCAAUCCUGACUUCCUGGAGGAAGCGCAUGAAUGGAACCAGAAAAGAGCCAGAAAAGCAAUGAGGAAUGGCAUAUCCCCCAUUAUUAUUGAUAAUACCAACCUCCACGCCUGGGAAAUGAAGCCAUAUGCAGUCAUGGCACUUGAAAAUAACUAUGAAGUUAUAUUCCGAGAACCUGACACUCGCUGGAAAUUCAACGUUCAAGAGUUAGCAAGAAGAAACAUUCAUGGAGUCCCAAGAGAAAAAAUACACCGAAUGAAAGAGCGGUAUGAACACGAUGUUACCUUUCACAGUGUGCUUCAUGCAGAAAAACCAAGCAGAAUGAACAGAAACCAGGACAGGAAUAACGCAUCACCUUCCAACAGCACACGAUACUGGAAUCCCUAUGCAGAGUUUCCCAACCGGAGGGCUCCUGGUGGCUUCACAAACGAGGGAUCCUUUAACAGAAGAGGCGGUUGUCACCAUGGAUAUUAGAGGCCUAUCUUAACAGGCAUUCAAAAUUUUCCUAAAUCAGUUUUUACUGCAAAUUUUGGUAUUUAUUUGUUCAGGUUUUGUCAAAGCUCUAAUUCCAGUGUAAAUAGUUGGACCUGAAAGUUUUUGAGAAGUCAUACUCCUCUUCAACAAGCUUUUGUUAAAGUGAUCCUAUAUGCAUGGUCUGAUGCUGGGAAUUCUCUAGGGAAGCCAGAAAUUGGAAACUGAAACCUGAGAGUGUACCCAAGUGCAUAAGCAGUCACCUAAGUUCAAUAUAUAGAAGCUUCAGUACCACUUUCUUUGAGGUAAUCUAUUUUUCCAGGAAAUUCAUCUCCAUCAGGAAAGUUGGAUAGGUGGGGGAGAAGUGAAGGCAGGAAAAAUGUUAGUGCUUUUGCUAUUUUGAUAAUCUGUGUAUCCAGAAAUGUGAGAUGUGUGGCUGUCAUGAUAUGAUUUUCCUUUAAAAUUCACAUGCUGGAGAGCAUACAUCUAAGGGAAUAUUGUCCUUCAAAGCAGACACUUUGGGAGAUUAUGCCUUUAUUCUGGUGGUGUGUCGUUAAAAAUGUCUGUUGGAUCCUUCUUUUCAAAAAUUUCUUUUAGAGACAGUGAGAGAGAGUGCGGGGGAGGAGUAGAAGGAAUGGGAGAGAGAAUUCUAAGCAUGCCCCUUGCUCAGCAUGGAGCCUGAUGUGGGGCUCCACCUCAUGACCCUGAGAUAUGACUUGAGCUGAAAUCAAGAAUCAGGCACUCAACCCACUGAGCCACCCAGGUGUCCCUGUUGGAUCUUUCUUAACAGCUACAUAAGCUACUGAGGAAAAUCAGUAUGAUUAUUUAAAAUCACAUCUUGGUUUUUAACUAUCAACUUUAAUGAAUAGGAUUUAACCUGAUUAACUUUGGCUGUUGUGCUAAUAGUGUAAAUAAAAGAAGCCUGACUUUAUAAAGUACCAAUUUUUAAGACAAAGAGUUGAGCAGUUUUUAAAAUUAUGCAUAUAAAUAGACAUGUGUGUAAUCAGUUGGCUGCCCAAAUGUUUGGGAGUGCAAGGAAUUAAGCAUCCCAAGAUAGAAGUCAUAGGGGUAUGUAAAAGUCAUGCUCAUUGUAAGAUGAGCAGUGUUGGUGUUUUAUAUGGCAUUAAGACAAUAAAGUUCUACACAACUGUGGAAUAUCCUGCUUAUACCAGUACUGAAUUUAGGAUUCCAAACUAGAUCUCAACAGGUUAGAAUCCGAAUAAUUUGGUGCGAGACCAUGAUAAGACCAUGUAGGAUGUAUGCUUUAUUUCUUGUUGGCCAACAGCUUCUUUCUAAUGUUCUGUGAAAUAUUAUUUUAAGUGUUCUAUAUAAUGGUGCUUUUAUGGUUAUUAAAAAUUAUAUAUAGUAUUGCUUUCUAUGGAUUUGUCAUUGAAUCUCAACAUUUUUGGUUCAACGAUGUAAAAAAAUUACCUAAAUCCCAUAGAAGUCUACCAUAUUAAGAACCAGUUUUUCUAUACCAUAAACGUAUUCAUCAGUCUCCUUUAAUAAACAGGAAACAUAAAGGUGAAGACAAAAGCAACCUUGUAUUUUACAUGCUUAAAUUAUUUGAUCUGUGCACAAUAGACACACUAUUGCUUUAACAUUUCAUUACCUGACACUAUUGAAAUCUGCUUUUCGUUUGCCUCCUCUGAGUAACUGCUAUGAAGUGGCCCCAGGUUUAGAUCUUGAGCUUUUAAAGAGCUCAAAAGAGUAGUUUCCCUGUGUAUUUGUCUUCUUUUUCCCCCUAUAUGAUUCCUGAAAUAGUUUGGAAGCAUAAAAACAAUCGAUUAAAUGCUGCCAGCUUUAUCCCGGCUAGAAGUGAUCUAUUUUUUUCUCUCAAUUCCCAAGUUUCCUGAUUCAUAUAUGAUCUUUUGAACCUUUAGUGUUUUGCAUUGUUAACAUUUGCAUCGUUCAUUUAGCUGGUAUAGGGCUUUAUGUUCAAGAUAGACUCUCAUUAAGUGAUAGUUGAGUAUCACAAAUUGCUUUUACCUUUUAUCCCUUAUCAUGCAGUGUACAUUCUUGACUCUAUAAUCAUUGUCACUUUUUAGGAGAUAGUGUCUACAUAGACUUAAGCUUCAUAGUUUGCUUACAUAGCUUUGCUAUAUUAUUUACAAUGUACAGAAAAAAGAAGUGUGCAUGAUAUCUCUACAUGAUCUAAAUGGCAAUGAAGAAUGGAAGAGGUACUAGCAAUGUAGGUUUUCUAGGAAUGUAAAAAAAAGGUAAAACUCUUAAAUUCUUUUUGUUCA